UUCAGCGCCUCAGGUGCUCCUCUGGGCCGGGAGGUCAUCCGAGCGGCGCCGGAGCCUGCCCUGCCCGUCCUUCCAGCGCGCCCCGCCGCCCUUCGCACUUGAGGCGAUGGGGGGCGAGUCGCCUCAAGCAGCCGCCGCAGCAGCCGGUCAGCCGCGGAGAAAUUUAGUAGCAGUUUGGAAGCAAUGUUAAGCACUGAGAUGUUUUACCGUUGGGGGAUGGCUACAAGGUUGUCUCUCAAGAAACUACCAUUGCAGUUUGUUAUCCAGAUGAGAGCUUUAUCAGGGGCUGAUGCUGUCAAUGCUCUGCGGCCAUUCUAUUUUGCUGUGCAUCCGGACUUCUUUGGCCAGCAUCCAAGAGAGAGGGAAGUCAAUGAAAAUUCAUUAAAGAGGUUAAAUGGGUAUUUGGAGAAUCUCCAGAAGCCAGGCUUCAGUUCUUUCAAACCAACCCAACUCACUUUUUAUGUCCGAGACAGAGAACCAAACCCUUCCAAUGUUCAAGAAUCAUUUGGGACUUCAGGAUUUCGAGCAGUCAGUUUUACUUUGCAAACCAGGGACCUGCUAAGCACAGUAUUGGAUAUCCUGAACUCCUGUAGCUUAUCUACUGAGCACGUCCAAAGCUUAAAUGGCAGUGUGGAGACUCUGUCUAACCAGGGAGCACAAAGAGCAUUCAGCAGGCCUAUCAAAUGGGACAAGACUUACUACUCUUUUACUGGAUUCAAGGACCCCGAGGAAGAACUUGAACAAGCUCAGAGGAUGGAAACUACUCUUAGUUCUUGGUUAGAUAAUAAUGAAGUGAGUGCAAUAAAGAAGCUGAAGAAUAGCUUACCGCUUCGGAAAGAAUUGGACCGUUUGAAAGGUGAACUUUCUCAUCAACUGCAGCUGUCUGAUAUUAGAUGGCAGAGGAGCUGGGGUAUUGCUCAUCGAUGUAGCCAGCUGCACAGUCUAAGUCGGCUGGCACAGCAGAGCCCAGAAGCACUAAGGAAUGCAAAAGAACGCACAGUGAUAUUCACCGAUCGUUCAGGCGUGAGUGCAACAGGCCAUGUGAUGCUAGGAACAAUGGAUGUUCACCACCACUGGACCAAAAUUUUUGAGAGGUUGCCAAGUUACUCUACACUUCAAAGAAAACUACUGAUCUUGGAGGACCGUGUAAGUCAUCUUCUGGGAGGCAUCCAAAUAACGUACAUUGAAGAGCUGCAGCCAAUGCUGACCCUUGAAGAGUAUUACACCAUCCUUGAUGGCUUUUAUAACAGAGUGCGUAAUAGCAGGCUUCCAUUUCACCCUCGCAGUCUGCGUGGAUUACAAAUGAUUCUGGAAAGUGACAGGUAUGCACCAAGCCUGCAUGAACUUGGGCACUUUAUCAUACCGACAGUCUGUGAUCCGGCAACCCUCCAGUGGUUUAUCAUCACCAAAGCCCAAGAAGCAAGAGCAAAUCUGGAAAGAAAGGAAGAACUCAUGGUGCUAGAAAAGGAACUGAUCAAGGCUUCCACAGAGAGAUUUUCCCUUCACCAGCUGUACAAGGAGCCCAGUGUUUCCAGUGUGCAGAUGAUCCAUUCUUGCAAAAGACUGCUGAAAGAGUCACUGCCGCACCUACAAGGCACGCGUCUCUGCAUUUCCCACUUCUAUUCGGUGCUGCAGGAUGGAGACCUCUGUAUUCCCUGGAACUGGAAAAAAUGACCUAUUGAAAAUUCUGCUAAGAAUUUUAAAUUACUGAAAUGUGUGUUUUCAUUGCAGUAUUAUCCCAGGAGUUUAACUGCUGCUCAGAUAGGUACAAAUGAUCUAUCAUCUGGGUUAAGUUGUUUAAAGAACGCACAGUCUUAAAGAAUAAACGGUUUCUGUACAAAAUCGGAAAUGAACGAGGAUAUCAGUUAUAGGAUUCGUGGGAGACAGUGUUAUCGAAAACUUGAAUGAAAUCUGAAAAGCACAAACAUGGGUUUUAUAUAUUACAAAAUUGUGAAUUAUAACAUGAAACUUCCAGUACAGAUUUUAAUAUAUAAGAAAGUGUGCCUAAUUAAAAGUAGUGACCGAAGUUGAACCAGUGAUGCAAAUUUCCUUCUCUCUAGAGAAGGAAGAAUUGGAAAAAACUGGAAAACUAAAAUUUGAGGCCAUCGAGUAUUGCCAAUGAUCUAGUUACAUAUAUAUAGAGAGAGAGAGAACAGUGUGAGAACAUACUUUAGUAUAACUUAUUUUACAAAAUUAUUGUACAGCUUGAGUUUUUUUAAAUGUUAUUUUAUGCUUUAGGCCUCUCACUUUUCAUACAACUUAUCAGAUAAAUUUGCAAAGAAUAUUCAACUACCUUGCACUUUCCCUUCCGUAUGUGAUUAUUUAAAUCUUCCUGAUCUGCAACUCUCUACAUGUGCACUGGGGGCAGGGGAGAGGCUUGCAGCUUACUGCAGUAACACCAGAAACGGAAGAGCCCCACCCUUCACCUUUAAGGUACUUCUAUAGCAGCAGCAGAAAGGAAGCCUAUUUGGGCAGACUACAGUCUAUCCUAUCCACUAUAUGAACAAGUCAGGGGCCACAUCAGGCUGAUCAUGUGGCCCAAGAGGGCUGAGUCCCCAAAAUAACUGAGGAUAUGUUCUCCUUGUACUUCAUCUAUAUGUUGGUGCAGCCAUCUAAUGAUUUCAGUACCAGGAAAAAAGAAUGGAGAGAAUUUGCUUGCUUGAGAGAUCAGGGCAUGCUUGGUCCCAUUACUGUGCAUGAGUGAGUCUAAGCAAGGGAAAAGUGUAAAUCCAUUUACUGUAAAAAUGAUCAGACCCUACUGCCUCAAAUGUCCAUGGUGUAAAAUACAGCUCUGUGUCUUAAAAACACUUUUAAACGUUUAACUUGCCUUCAGUGUUUACAAGAAUGGGCGAAAUCUGCACGGGAAAAGAGAAACGUUGCUGCAAACGACUGGAAUUUUUUUGGCCCCAGUGAAUUCAGUGGCAGCGGAGGGCACACAGAUCUGCACUGGAUGAUCCCUAACGGGUAACUGUUUCAGUGCUGCUGGCUGUUAAUAAUAUGAUAGCUCAGUUGUCAGGAUUUUAAAACUAUUUGUGAUGAAAUGUCAGUGUUUUUCAAAAUAAAGUAGAAUCCUAAGA